UGCGAUCGGAGAGAGAUCUAUCCAUCCAUCCAUCCAUCCAUCCAUCCAUCCAUCCAUCCAUCCAUCCAUCUAUCUAUCUAUCUAUCUAUCUAUCUAUCUCAUACAUAUGAGUAGUUGACAAAUAAGUGUGUAUGUGUCCUAUUAAUAUGUAUUAUGUUUUCUAAAUCUUGCUAUGUCACACCAUAGGAGUAGGACAUGUAUGGAUUAUUUGUAAACUACCCAUACACACACACACACACACACAAAUAAAAUGUAAUUUAUUCUUGUUAUGUCAAAGUUUCAUUUUCAGCAUCAUUACUUAAGUCUUCAGACUCGCAUUAUAGUUCAGAAACUUAUUACACGAAUUUUGCUCAAUUUCAGGAAUGCUCAGAUGAUCCCUCUUCUGCUGAGACCCCUCUUGCUGCAGAACCAGAGGCCACCCCACAGACUGUCUUAUUUCAACCAUUUUCUACUCCAAGUCCUGUGACAGUGAAGGAACAAAGGUCUGAGGAAUUUCUUUCGGAUGGAGAACUGCCGAGCACAACGCCACUGCCUAUUGCGGCUUCUCCUCGUGCAGCCCGCACUGUACCUAUUAAGACAGGAGGUCGAGUCUUUGUGUUGGACCAUAACAGAUGGCCAGAGCCAAUGAGAAAUGCCAUUGAUGGUUUGCUGGCCAACCACCAUGGGAGCAAGGAUCUCCUUAAAAAGGUGGGUGCAGAAUAUGCUGCUAUGGUACAGAGUGCCUGCACUGACCCCAACAGCCUUCUACACCCAACCACAAAGCAGCACAUAAGCAGGUACAUAAAACACCUUGCUAAAAAGAAGAACACAAAUGCCUCUCUCAACACCAGCCCAGAAAAGCUUCUUGAGACACAGCAGUUAUGGCAGCGUCUUCACUCAGGAGGCGAAACCAUUAGUGUUCCAGUGAAAACACUGCCACCUGCCCCAUUUAAUCCACCAGCAAAGAGCGUUCCUGAGGCUGUCCCCCUGGACAAGGCAAUGCUUGAGAAGAUGGUAAAGGACAUUGUAGAGAAGCAGCAGGCAGUACAGCAUCAACAACAACAACAGCAGCAGCAGCAGAUCCAAAAAACGCUAUCUAGAUCUUGUUUAGCUUGUGGCCAGCCAAAGUCUCGUUACCUGGGUGAUGGCUCCUCAGUACAUUUAUUUUAUCAGGCUGGUGAUGUUAAGUACUUCUGCUCCAAGAAAGUAUUUGACAAAUACUCAGCAGAAGGCUUGACAAAUCCCAGAAUGUCUUUUGAAGAUUUUGCAAGCACUCCCUUCUUUCAGCGUGAACUGGAGGCCUCAAAACAGAGAGGGGCAGAGAGGAAGAGGGUGAUUGAGGAGAGAAGCAAGAGGAAGUCAGUAGUGGAGCAUCCUACUGGUCGUCUCUGCAGAUUCUGCCACCAGCCACUGAAACAAGGACCGAACAGUCCUCAUAUUCACACUGGUUUCCCUGGAGUGGCAGGCAAAUACAUUUACUGUCCUGCUAAAGUGUUUUCCCUGUAUCAGGCUCAGGGAAUGACUGCAGAAAUGUCAUGGAGAGACUUUCAGCAGUCUCCAUUCUAUGAGGCUGAGAAGCAGAGGUGGAUAGAGGAUAAGAAAAAAUGACUUGACUGCUACAUAACACAGUCUGGGCAUGUCAUAUCAGACUGCCAAAGACUCUAAGUUUAUG